GUAACCAUUUGAGGCUCCAUUAAUGGCUGUGGGGGGGGGGCUGAGUGACCGGGUCCUGUGUAUCGGGCUGUACCUGUGUGGGCACCUGUGAAUGGCGGCCGGGGGGCUGAGGGGGCUCACUGCCAGGGAUGGGAAGGAGAGGCAGAGACUGAGAGACAUGCUGUGUGACCAGCUCAGCAGGGACCUGCUCAGGUAUGGGACACUCAGGGCUAUCUACUAACUGGGGUAUCCCUGCCCUCUCACACUCAGGGCUAUCUACUAACUGGGGUAUCCCUGCCCUCUCACACUCAGGGCUAUCUACUAAAUGGGCCAUCCCUGCCCUCUCACACUCAGGGCUAUCUACUAACUGGGGUAUCCCUGCCCUCUCACACUCAGGGCUAUCUACUAACUGGGGUAUCCCUGCCCUCUCACACUCAGGGCUAUCUACUAACUGGGGUAUCCCUGCCCUCUCACACUCAGGGCUAUCUACUAAAUGGGACAUCCCUGCCCACUCACACUCAGGGCUAUCUACUAACUGGGGUAUCCCUGCCCUCUCACACUCAGGGCUAUCUACUAACUGGGGUAUCCCUGCCCACUCACACUCAGGGCUAUCUACUAACUGGGGUAUCCCUGCCCUCUCACACUCAGGGCUAUCUACUAAAUGGGGCAUCCCUGCCCACUCCUCUCAGGGCUAUCUACUAAGUAGGCCCAUCCCUGCCCUCUCUCACACUCCAGGGCUAUCUACUAAAAAUGGGACAUCCCUGCCCCACUCUCACACUCAAGGGCUAUCUACUAAAUGGGGCAUCCACGCUUACUCCUCACACUCAGGGCUGUUGUCCUACUAGGCUGGGACGCAUCCUGCCCUCUCACCCACUCAGGGCUAUCUACUAACUGGGGUAUCCCUGCCCUCUCACACUCAGGGCUAUCUACUAACUGGGACAUCCCUACCCUCUCACACUCAGGGCUAUCUACUAAAUGGGACAUCCCUGCCCUCUCACACUCAGGGCUAUCUACUAACUGGGGUAUCCCUGCCCUCUCACACUCAGGGCUAUCUACUAAAUGGGACAUCCCUGCCCACUCACACUCAGGGCUAUCUACUAACUGGGGUAUCCCUGCCCUCUCACACUCAGGGCUAUCUACUAACUGGGACAUCCCUGCCCUCUCACACUCAGGGCUAUCUACUAAAUGGGACAUCCCUGCCCUCUCACACUCAGGGCUAUCUACUAACUGGGGUAUCCCUGCCCUCUCACACUCAGGGCUAUCUACUAACUGGGACAUCCCUGCCCUCUCACACUCAGGGCUAUCUACUAACUGGGACAUCCCUGCCCUCUCACACUCAGGGCUAUCUACUAACUGGGGUAUCCCUGCCCUCUCACACUCAGGGCUAUCUACUAACUGGGGUAUCCCUGCCCUCUCACACUCAGGGCUAUCUACUAACUGGGACAUCCCUGCCCUCUCACACUCAGGGCUAUCUACUAACUGGGGUAUCCCUGCCCUCUCACACUCAGAGCUAUCUACUAAAUGGGACAUCCCUGCCCUUUCACACUCAGGGCUAUCUACUAAAUGGGACAUCCCUGCCCUCUCACACUCAGGGCUAUCUACUAAAUGGGGCAUCCCUGCCCUCUCACACUCAGAGCUAUCUACUAAAUGGGGCAUCCCUGCCCUCUCACACUCAGGGCUAUCUACUAAAUGGGCCAUCCCUGCCCUCUCACACUCAGGGCUAUCUACUAAAUGGGCCAUCCCUGCCCUCUCACACUCAGGGCUAUCUACUAAAUGGGACAUCCCUGUCCUCUCACCCUCAGGGCUGUCUACUAAAUGGGACAUCCCUGUCCUCUCACACUCAGGGCUAUCUACUAAAUGGGACAUCCCUGCCCUCUCACACUCAGGGCUAUCUACUAAAUGGGACAUCCCUGCCCUCUCACACUCAGGGCUAUCUACUAAAUGGGACAUCUCUGCUCUCUCACACUCAGGGCUAUCUACUAAAUGGGACAUCCCUGCCCUCUCACAAUCUGGGCUAUCUACUAAAGUGUGGCAGUAAAAAAUUUAAUGAUUAUAAAACCAGCUGGCUAAUGGCUAGUAGUGUCUACCUGUAGUUCGAUCUGGCUUAACAUUUUCUCAGGUUUUAUCAGACUGGAAGAAGUGCGGGUACAUGUACACUUUAACCCCUUAAGACCGCAGCCAAAUGUAUAAGUUGCAAUCAAAACAAAACGUAAACAAAAACAGAAAUUUGCGCUAUAUGUCUGUUCAGGUGUAAGUCGCCUCUUUCAUAUUAAGUGCAAUAUAUAUAUAUAUAUAUAAUUCUCUUUCUCUCUCUCUUCAGGAGAAAUAGGGCUUUCAUUUAACAUCAAAUAUUUAGCUAUGAAACAUUAAUUUAUUUUGAAGACAUUCUAAACAAAUGUGAGAAAGCAAGAAAAAAAUCAUUUUUUUAAUUUUUUUUGUUCCGCAUGACAUUUUAACCGUGAAUGUCAUAAUGCUGUUUGCUUUUACUGCAAUAAAAUAAACAUAUUUGUGUUUAGUGAUGUCUCACGUGUAAAACAGUAACCUCUAUGAACAAGUUUUAUGGUGUUUUGGGAAGUUACAGGGUCAAAUAUAGCAUAUUAAAUUCCAGACAUAGUUGGAGUUGUUAUGGUGACCAGAGUGCCCCUUUAAAUUUAGGCAAAUCCAGGUUAAACAUGCAAAUGUGAGCACCAGCUGAUCAAUCUCUGCAAUUAUCUAAGCCUUGCCUAGGAACAUGUGGAUUAAUUGUACCAGAGACAAGAAGUGGUGUGCCACUCCAACAUACUCUUGUGGUUAUUGUGCUUGGAGUCAAAGGCAUGCGCACGGGGUGUUCCAGGAUUUCCCCUGUCGGUCCAUGCAAAGCUGGCGCUAUCCGAUCGGUCCGAUGAGCCGAGAGAGUCCCCCCUCUCCAAUUUAGGACCCCCAGGGGCCAUGUGAAUGCUCUAAAAGAGCGGUCACAUGGCCCCCAUAGGUGUCUAUUGUGCUGCCAGCAGAGGGACUGAUUGGCAGUCCUCCUGCUGGUGAAAUUUUUUUUUUUUAAAUAUAUAUGUAUAUAUGAUAUAUCUAUCUCUCUAUCUCGUCAUACUAACAGUAUUUUUUUUUUUUAAAUUAAUAUAUACAUAUAUUGAUAUAAAAAUAUACUUAAAAGACCACUAUAGGCACCCAGACCACUUCAGCUCAAUGAAGUGGUCUGGGUGCAAGGUCCAUCUAGGGUUAACCCUGCAGCUGUAAACAUAGUAGUUUCUGCUAUGUUUAUAUAUGGGUUAAUCCAUCCUCUACUGGCUAUCUCCUUAACAGCCGCUAGAGGCGCUUCUGUGCUUCUCACUUUGAUUUUCACAGUGAGAAGACGCCAGCCUCCAUAGGAAAGCAUUGAGAAUGCUUUCCUAUGGACUGACUGAAUGCACGCGCGGAUCUUGCCGUGCAUGCGCAUUCAGCGGAAGAGUGAGGAGAGACCCCCUGGCCGAGGGAGCCCGGUGCUGGAGAAAGGUAAGUGUUUAACCCCCUUCCUCCUCCUAGAGCCCGGCGGGAUGGGGGCCAUGAGGGUGGGGGGGACCUAUUAACAAUAUAGUGCCAGGAAAACGAGUUUGUUUUCCUGGCACUAUAGUGGUCCUUUAAGAGUAAAAUUACACACAUAUAUAAUUAUAUUGUGUGUGUGUGUGUGUGUGUGUGUGUGUGUGUAUAUAUUAUAAUGAAAAAUAAACUGUAACAAUAAUUUAAAAAUGUUUUUAUAUAUAAUGUCAUUUUAUUCUCACUGUAUUUUUAUAUAUAUAUUUAUAUCAAAAUAUAUAUAUAUAUGUGUGUGUAUAAUUUCCCCUUAACGACAGAGGACGAACUAGGUACGUCCAACAACAAAAAAGUUGUUGUUAGGGACGUCCACAACAAAUAGGAGCCCUGGACCGAAGAUCCGCGGCGAUCAUGGUCGGGGUGGGCUGCCAGAGACCCUAGCAGUCCCCCCACAGCAGCUCCGGCCCUCCAGGGUCAUGUGAUCACAUCAUCGCAAUAGGACUCUAGGAGUUGCCAGCAGGGGGACUGUCUGAGCGGUAAGGCAGUCCCCCAGGAUGCUAAAAAACAAAAUAAUAAAAUAAAUAUAUUAUACAUAUACAGGUGGUCCUCAUUUAGCGACCUUCCUGUUUUACCACGGCUUGCAUUUACGACCAGGCAGUAGUGCGAGCUGUCAUGGGGAUUACCUGCUCUGGUGUGCAUGUCUAUGUUCGGGAAAACUUCCUCGAAUAUAGACUAACGCACCAGAGCAGGGAGUCCCUAAAAUGUAUGUUCGGGGAAAUUUCCCAAAACAUAGAUUAGAGGUAUUCCCUGCUCUGGUGCGUUCAUUUAUGUUCGGGGAAGUUUCCCCAACAUAGACAAAUGCACCAGAGCAGGGAAUCCCUUAACUCCUCACUUACCGACCAAUUCUUUCUACGACUAGGUCAUAGUAAGGGAACCUUGUCGGUAAGUGAGGAGUGUCUGUAUUAUAUAUGUCUAAUAUAUUAUAAUUAAUUUUAUAAUAUUUUUUACAUAUAUAAUGCAUCUUUAUGAUUUCAUUAUAAGUGUACUUUGAUCUAUAUAUACACAUAUACCUCAAAAUAUACUUAUGAAAUCAUAUAGAUGCAUUAUAUAGGUAUAAUAUAUUAUAAAAUUAUUUAAUUAUAAUAUACAUAUAUAGGAAAUAAGUGUGUGUGUGUAAGUGUAAAAAGCAGAUAAAAUUUGUACCUUGUAAAACUUUUUUUAAUGGACUAACAGAAUUUUUUUAUGACAAGCUUUCGGGAGAACCUCCCUUUCUCAAGUCUGAAGCAUUUCUGAGCAAGACAACACAUAGAAUUCAAAGUUGAGUUGUGAUACGGGGGUUAAAGCGACAUGAGUGCAGAUAAGACCCAGGUUUGUUAGAAAAUAGACACCAUUCUAGCAGAGGGUCAUAAAUAUAUUUCUGAAGAGCAGAGUGAGGGGAGGGAGAGAGAGGGGAAAAAAAAGCAGACAAUGGUACACUUUAUACAUACACACAUAAAUAUGUAUAUUAGUCCAAUAAAAAAGGUAUUACAAGAUACGAAUGUUAUCUGCUUUUUACAUCUGUCACUGGAUUAAUACGGUUACAAUCUCUACUUGGUGUGUGUGUGUGUGUGUAAAUAUCUCUAUCUCUAUCUCUAUCAAAAUCCAAAUAGGUUAUGGUGGGGAAAAAUUGUGAUUGAAAACCCCUUCCACCUGAAGUCUGUGGAUAGUUAAUACAAUGUUAAACAAAAAUCUGCACACCAGUCAAGCCAUAAGACUUGCUUUUCCCACAGAAAUCCCAAAUCUGCAGUGAUGUUACAACCGCAAAGGAUUCUGGGUGGGCAUAUGCAAAUUGGUUUAACAAAGAAUCAAAUUAUUGCCUCAUUCCAUUUUAAACAUGGAUUCCUUUUAAUCUGUGUUUGCAGUAUACAACUGCUUGGAACACAAUUUAGGAAAAGAUGCAAAACCAGUGAACCACUCAUGGACAGCUGUUUCGUUGUUAAUGCAACUCUUCAGCAUGAGGUUGGUUACUGGAGAUAUAUAUAUAUAUAUAUAUAUAUAUAUAUAUAUAUAUUAAAUUUUAUUCAUUUUUUUUUUUAUACAAAAACAAAUAAAACCGCUUACUUUGGCCAGCAUGUGUCUAAGUGGCUACUACAAAAGACUGGACAUACCCCAUUUUGAAUACCCCGGGUUGUCUACAUUUGAAAAUGGUAUGCCUCAUGAUGGGGUUAAUUUUCCUGGGCUGCUAUAUGGACUCAAAGGCAACAUAGGCCCAGCAAACUAAUCUGGCAAAUUUCAAUGUGCAAACAUGCAAAAGGGGAAAGCCCUACAUUUAACCCCUGUAAGUUUGCAAAAGCCCAUAAAACCUGUACAUUGGGGGCACUGUUGUACUCGGGAGAUGUUGCUGAACACAACAUAUUAGGGUGUUCUUUGUCAGUAACACAUAACAGGAACUGAGAAUCCAUGACUAAAGUACAAUGUGAGAGAAAAAUAACACAAAAAAACGACUACCCAAAAGUUUGACAAAGACUGGUGGUAGACUUAGUGCAUUUAAAGUGUUAAAAUACCACCAUUUGAAAUAACAUAGGGUGUUUACUUUUUAAAAAUAUAUGGUUUGAUGGGGGUAAAUUACAUUGGCCGGCUUCAAAAAAUGUCCCAAUUAGGAUGUGGGUGCUUGAUUACCAGCUGAGAAAAUUCCAAGUUGGAAAACUGGAAUGCGCACCCUCCAAAUAAGGUCUUUUAGCCCCCAUAGAAGCCGACACACCUAUACAUUGGGGGUAUCUCUGUACUCGGGAGAUGUUGCUGAACACAUAUUGGGGUAUUCUUUGGCAGUAACCCUUAAAUUUCUCUGUACAUGUAUUCUUAAAUUGCUAUGUGUGUCAAUAAAAUCACCCAAAAAAUUUUUUGUUUACAUUUGGCAUAGAUUGGUGGUAAAAUGGUUGCAUGAAAAGAGUCUAAAUACCCCAAGUUUAAUACCUUAGGUUGUCUUCUUUUAAAAACAUAUAGACAUGUGUAGGGUUAUUCAGGGAUUCCUGACAGAUAUCCGUGUUACAAUUUAACCUGCUCUAGUUUUGAAAGAAAAUGGUUUGGAAAUAGCAAAGUGCUACUUGUGCUUAUAGCCCUAUAACUUUCCCAAAAAACUAAGAACAUGUUAACAUUGGGCAUUUCUAAACUCAGGACAAAAUGUAGAAACUAUUUAGCACGGGUGUUUUUUGGUGGUUGUAGAUGCGUAACAGAUUUUGGGGGUCAAAGUUUGGAAAAGUUUUUUGUGUUUUUUUGUUUUGUUUUUUUUUACAUUUCAUCAUUUUAUAUUAAAAAAAAUUUACAGUAAAUUAUGAUUUGAUGAAAAUAAUGGUAUCUUUAGAAAGACCAUUUAAUGGCGAGAAAAACGGUAUAGAAUAUGUGUGGGUACAGUAAGUGAGUAAAAGGAAAAUUACAGCUAAACACAAUAACCGCAGAAAUUUAAAAACAGCCCUGGUCCUUAGCGGUAUGAAAAUUGAAAGACUGGUCACUAAGGGGUUAAUGAUAAGCAAAGGAGCAUUUGAUCCCAGUUCUAUUACCAUAUGCCACACCCUUUACAAAUGUGCUCACUUUACUGUCAUGUUUUUAUUUCAAACUAUAGUAUUCAUAUAAUUCUGUGUCUGUUACACAUGUGGCAUAUCUGUAUAAAUAGUGCAGGACAUACACUGAAACUCUCUUAUUUUUGUCUUACAGGCUUCUAAAUGAAGGCCUUCAUGCAGAUAUCGUUCUCCAUGCUGGCCAGGCAAAGUUUAAAGCCCAUAAAGUUAUACUUUUGGCUAGAGUGCCUAGGUUUUACAUCUAUAUUACUAGGUACUCAUCAGCAGAGAAGAAUAUUCUGGGGAAUAUUAAGUCUUCUGAAAUCCGGGCAUUUUUGCAGUAA